UAGCCGUAGCGCAUAAAGCUUGCGCAUUAAAGCUGCUAAGCCGAGUUAACCAUCCACUACAACUACUUACAUUUAACACCAUCCGAGCAAAUCGCACGCAUUACAUUGCAUGGUUUUUUCUUUUUUUUAAAAAAAAAAGAAGAAAGAAAAAACAUAAAAAAACUAUAAACCACCCAAGCUACCGCUUCUUUCCAGGUUUGAUUUAUAGACGUACGAGAGACAAUGGCUGAUCCUCAACCUGGACCGGGUCUAUCCUUUCCCACAGAUCCGAACGAAUUCGAUCAGGACGAACGAAUUUCUUUCUCCAAGCUCGACAACAAAUACAUCGCCGUGCAGGACGAUGGGAGCGAGUUCGAGUGGGAUUACCAGUUAAAACGGUGGAUACCCGUGGUUGACGAGGAGUUGCUCGCCCAGCAGCAGCUAGCUUACGGGGGUAGCGCGAGCCCAGACAACGAGCAGGACAACGGCAACAACAAGAAGCGCAAGCAAGACGACCAGAACGGCCGCGGGGAUGGCCCAAGGAGUCAGCAACAGCGUCCCAAGAAGCGCCAAAAACAGCCCCCGCAGCCGCGCCAGAACACGGCCAUCUACGUCACCGGCCUGCCGCUCGACGUGACCGUGGACGAGGUGCACGACGUGUUCUCGCGCAAGUGCGGCGUCAUCGCCGAGGAGAUCGACAGCGGCCGCCCGCGCAUCAAGCUGUACACGGACGAGAAGGGGAACUUCAAGGGCGACGCGCUGAUCGUCUUCUUCAAGCCCCAGAGCGUCGACAUGGCCAUCAUGCUCCUCGACGACACCGACUUCCGCUUCUCCUCGUCCGGGCUCGCCAGCGGCCGCAUGCGCGUCCAGGCCGCCGACUCCAGCUACAAGAAGAUGAAGUACGAGAACGAAGCAGCGUCGGCGUCGGCGCCGAACGGCGGGGACGCCGGCAAUAACAAUAACAACAAUAAUAAUAAUAAUACCAGCGAAGCUAACGCGGACGACGGCACUGCGACGAGCGAGCGCAGCAAGCGUAUCCUAGGAGGCGGCAAGGCGCCCGACCGCGCGCGCGAGGCGGAGAAGCAGAAGAUCAUCAAGCGGACGCAGAAGCUGGACGCGAAGCUGGCGGACUGGGACGACGACGACCCGUACGGGGCGCAGCUGGAGAUGGGGUCGCGGCGGGAGCGGGUGGUGAUCCUGCGGCACAUGUUCACGCUGCGGGAGCUGGAGGAGGACCCGGCGGCGAUGCUGGAGAUCAAGGAGGACAUACGGGAGGAGUGCUCGAAGCUCGGCGCCGUGACGAACGUGGUGCUGUACGACCUCGAGGAGGAGGGCAUCGCGAGCGUGAAAUUCAAGACCCCCGAGGCCGCCGAGGCUUGCGUCCGCCUCAUGGACGGCCGCGCCUUCGACGGCCGCACCGUCCGCGCUACCGUCGCCACGGGCCGCGAGCGCUAUCGCAAGUCGGGCAAGAAACAGGGCGACGAGGCGGAUGCUGAUGACGGGAAUGAUGACUGACCUACCUGACUGAUGCGUAAAGAUGGAUGUUGGAUGGGAUGGGAUGGGGUAGCUCCGCUGUUGCGGUGGUGCUGCUACCUACCUAGGUAGGUACUCAUUUAUUCUUACUUAAUAUCACGGAGGCUGUGCUUGCUUAUUGUGUGUAUUAUACGCUGCAGCAAGGCAGACGCCGCGGGAAGGAGGGUAUUAUGAUUGAUGUACGAUUAUUUAGGACUGGUAUCAGCGACCGGUGAGGUUUUUUUUUUUGGCUCCUUUUUUUAGCAUGGGUUUACUUAAAAAGUUGUCCCCAAAACACCUUUUGUUUUUUUCUUUAGGGGACGAUAUUUGGUGCUAAAGGGGAAGCAUCACACAAUUAAAGUAAAAAAAUGCUGUCCCCCUCGAGGUUAUUAAAA